GAGAGUGACAAAAGCAGCGGCCGCGCAGAAAAGAGUUCACACAACUUGUGCGGACAGAGAGAGAAGAUCUGAACUGAGAUCAGCGCCACAGGGAGAAGCGAGGACUUGAUGCAGGACUCUGUCUCUGGUGAUCGGGUGACUCCGGUGUGAAUGCGGGUCGAGAGCCGGGAGGAUGAGGGUCACAUAACUUUGCUUCUUUGGGAUCCAUUCGCUCAGAUUCACCUCCAUGAGGAGCGCGUAACCCGGGCUGACUCAGUCCGGAGCUGAAGCCCCCUCGGCCGGACGCAGGGAACCGAAGGGCCCCGCCGCGGCUCCCUCUGCCGGGAUGGUGCGCCUGCUGAGCUGCCUGCUGCUCGGGUAUCUGACCUGGAACCUGCGGAUAUCGGACGCCCAGGGGGAGUACUGCCACGGCUGGCUGGACGCUAACGGGAACUACCACGAGGGCUUCCAGUGUCCGGAGGACUUUGACACCAUGGACGCGACCGUGUGCUGCGGCUCCUGCUCCCUGAGAUACUGCUGCGCGGCCGCGGACGCACGACUGGACCAGGGCGGCUGCACCAACGACCGGGAGGUGGAGAACACCGAGUUUGCAGCGCAGCCCAUCUACGUUCCCUUCCUGAUGGUGGGAAGCAUCUUCGUCGCCUUCGUCGUGGUCGGCUCUCUGGUGGCCGUCUACUGCUGCACCUGCCUGCGGCCCAAGCAGCCGACCCAGCAGCCCAUUCGCUUCUCCCUGCGCAGCUGCCAGGGCGAGACCAUCCCCAUGAUCCUCACCACGGCCCCUCCGAGCCUCCGGGCCCCGUCGCGACAGUCCAGCACGGCCACCACCAGCUCCAGCUCGGCCGGAGGAGGAAGCUCCAUGCGAAGAUUUUCUCUCGGGGGUCAGGGGGGGCAGCAGCAGCAGCACAGCUGCCUGGUGUCUGCCACCAUGUCCUCGUCAGCCUCCACCCCCACCCAGACCCCUCAGACUCUGCCUCCUCCUCUACCUCCCCCCUACACAUCCCCACCCAUGCAACAUUCGCUGCCCUCCACUCACACCCAGCUGCAGGUCCACCAGACCUCCAUCCCCUCUCACCCCUCUCAGAGCGCCGGGUUCCUGUUGCCGCAGCAGUACUUCUUCCCCCUGCAGCCAGACGCCUUCACAGCAGCCAAGAGCUUCGCUGACUUCGGACAGAGCUGACACGGCUCCCAGGAGGGGAAGUAGAGGGAUUACACGAUUCCUGGACGGUGGGUGUGAGCUGGCGGGGGUUUGAAUCCACUGCAGCACAGCUGGGCUGAACGGACAGAGAGCGACAGUGAUGAAGUAGCUGCUGUGGUUGGACGCUGAGGCCUGAAGCUGUUCCUGCUCUGCAGCUUCACAGUUCAACAGACCCAACCAUUCUGAAUCUUAUGCACUUUUAUAUCAUGUUGUCAAAAGAUUUCUGUGGUCGACGUUUUAUUUUUUUAUACAUCACAUUCCUCAAGGUGGAAUUCUGAGGCUGAAAUCUUGCCAGUUUAUCUCACACCCUCCUCUCCAGCAGAAGAAGUUCAGGCUCCGACACUGAGACUCCUCUGACGUGAUUAGAGAUAUUCUGUCGUACAUGUUGGAAACCAGGGAAUUAGGAUCUUCGACAAUCGCAGAAACCUCUGAAAGACGAGGCGCAGAUUCACCGCUGUCAUUUUACUGUGGAGGAAAUGUGGACUUUUAUAUAAUGUGGUGCAGGUACAAUUUACAGCUCAAUAAAAUGUUGCCUCUCAGUA